AUGGGACUCCGCAGGACUCCCCCCCCCGGCAUGGCAGCUCCCCCGCCGCCGCCAACAAACUACAUGACCGAGUUCCCCGAGGAGGCACAAGUGCAAGUAGAAGCUACGCCGACCGCCGCACCUGCAGAAGAAGCGUCAGCAUCAGAGGCAUCGCAGGUGUACACGACAAGCCAGGUGCAGAGUAGCUCUCAGAUCACAGGCACACCGGUGAAUGCGGAAAGUGCAGACAUCCCUGCUGCGAGCACGCCGCCUGCAAUUGCGAGCAGUGCACCAGGCGGGAGUAGUACACGUAGUGCUGCUGGCACGCCGACGCCGACACCGACACCGGCGCCGAAGCCUGUGGGGAGGUCGCCGGUGGUCAAGAGUGCGCCUGUAUCUGCGACCCCUACGCCCCCGGCCGCGGCAUCACCGCAACGAGAGCCAGAGGCAGCACCACAACCACAGGCGACGCCGGCAGCCCCCCCCACCGCAACUACAUCCCCCCAAUUCACCCCACAACGAAACCUUCUCACCCUUGCCGCCGGCCUCAACCGCCCCCCCACCACACCGCACCACCUGCGCCCCCACCCCUCCACCCGCCGCACCCCCGGCGCCCACCGCCUCGCCCCCAAACUGACCGCGCGCUCCCCACAUGCCAUCCGCGCGUUCACGCGCCGCGCCGCGACCCCCUCGCGCCGAAAGUCCGGCCGCUACAACGCCCCGGCCCGUGAGUCCCCGCGCGACUGGCUGCUGAAGCUUAGUGGCAUCCUGGCGCCAACGACGGCGCCGUUCGUGCCCACGCCGGUGCAGACGCCGCGCGUGCAGGAGGAGGAGAUGAUGUAUUUCUCGGACCCGGGCGAGGAGGAGGAGCGGCCGCGGACGGAGGUCAAUUUUUAUGACGAUGGGGAGGAGGAAUGGGAGGUGCUGGAGAGGCCCGAGGCGAGGAGCGUGGAGAGGGGAAGGCGCGCGGUGAGUGAGCAGCCGUGGGGGGGGAGGAGCAGCUUUGGGCUUACGUGGGAUGAUCGGUUUGCGGAUCUGGAUGCGCUAAGGGAGCAGGGGGGGGAGGAGGAGGCGGGGGAGACGACGGUAGCGGAUGUGAGUAUGGGCGUGGGGGAGGUCACGGUGGGGGGCAUCAGUGUGGGCGAGGAGUCGGUGAGGAUGGGCUUUGUGCCCGAGGAGGAGGACGAGGAGGGCGAUGUCACGAUGGGCAUGGGGGGGGAGGAGCUGGCGUUCGAUGAGGGGGAAUCCUUCUUCCUCCCCAUGCCCACCGAGCCCGAAGGCUCUCCCGCGCCUGCGCCCGCUCACGACUCCGACUCCGAAUCCGACAGCGGUGCCCCCCUCGAGUACUCCCCCGGCCCCGACGCCGACCUCGACUCCGACAACGACGACCCCACCGCUACCACCAACCUCGCAGCAGCAUCCACCGCCCCAAAAACACAAAAGCCGAAACGGAAGCAACACCCGCUCUCGCGCCACGGCCACCCGCUGCCGCCCUUCCCGCGCGCAACGAUCAAGAAGAUGGCGCAGACGUUCGCCGGCGGCGCGUCGAUUGGCAACGAGGCCUUGGAGGCGCUGGUGAAGGCGUCGGAUGCGUUUUGGGAGCAGGUGGCGGGAGACCUGGCGGCGUAUGCGGGGCAUGCGGGGAGGAAGACGAUCGAGGAGGGGGAUGUGGUGGUGUUGAUGGGGAGGCAGAGACAGAUUACGGAGGGGUCGACGCUGUUCUCGUUGGCGCAGAGGCAUCUGCCGAGGGAGCUGCUGCAGCAGGUGAGGAUGCCGGUGGUGAAGAGUGCGAGGGGCGGGAAGAGGAAGGGGAAGGUGGAGGGGAAGGGGAAGGCAAAGGCCGUAGAAGUGGAAACUGAGGCCGAGGAGAGCGGGGAGACCUAG